AUGGAUGGCAAAGAAUUUAGAUUGAAAGGAAAAGAAGUGGUCGAUUACAUUGUAGACUACCUAGAAAAUAUACGAGACAGACGAGUAUUCCCUGACAAAAAACCAGGAUUCAUCAAAGACCAGAUUCCAGAUUCCGCUCCCAUAGAAGGCGAAAAAUGGUGCGACAUUUUCAAAGAUAUGGAGUCUGUCAUUAUGCCAGGAGUGACACAUUGGCAAAGUCCUCAUAUGCACGCUUACUUUCCAGCCCUGAACAGCUACCCCUCCAUGUUAGGUGAAAUGUUAACCAACGCUAUCAAUUGUUUAGGAUUUACUUGGGCUUCUAGUCCAGCAUGUACGGAGUUAGAAAUGGUUGUGAUGAAUUGGUUAGGGAAAAUGAUUGGUCUUCCAGAAGAAUUUCUUCAUAGAAAAGGAGGAAGUGGUGGGGGAGUUAUACAGACAACUGCAAGCGAGUGUACUCUCAUAAGUCUGCUCGCCGGAAGAUACGUAGCUAUCAAAAUGUACACAGAUUUAUUUCCCGAGGCUACUAAACAUGAGAUCAAUGGAAAAUUAGUAGCGUAUUGUUCCGACCAGGCCCAUUCCAGCGUAGAAAAAGCGGCUCUUAUAGGUUUAGUCACACUUAAGUACAUCGAGACCGAUGACAAUUUGUCGAUGAGAGGCCAGAAGUUGCUGGAAGCAGUGAAAGAAGAUAGAGACAACGGACUAAUCCCUUUCUGGGUUUGCGCUACUUUGGGAACCACCGGAUCUUGUUCAUUUGACAACCUAGAAGAAAUCACAGAAAUCUGCUACAACGAGUUUCUCUGGUGCCAUGUGGACGCAGCCUAUGCUGGAAGCGCCUUCAUUUGUCCCGAGUUCAGGAGUUGGUUGAAGGGCAUUCACAAGGCAGAUUCCAUUGCCUUCAACCCUUCCAAAUGGCUCAUGGUCCACUUUGAUUGCACUGCAAUGUGGGUUAGGAAUAGCGCUGCUCUUCAUGGAGCCUUCAACGUGAACCCUCUUUAUCUAACUCAUGAGUAUUCUGGUCUAGCUAUUGAUUAUAUGCAUUGGCAAAUCCCUUUAAGCAAGAGGUUUCGCUCUUUGAAAUUGUGGUUUGUCAUAAGGAAUUAUGGAAUCACUGGUCUACAGGAGCACAUCAGGAAGGGAGUAUACCUAGCGGAAAAAUUCGAAUCACUCAUCAGGAGAGAUCACCGCUUUGAGAUAUCCGCUAAGAGAUACCUGGGCCUUGUAGUAUUUCGCUUAGUAGGAGACAAUGUUAUUACGGAAACUCUUUUCAAGAAGUUGAAUUCUAGAGGAAGGAUCCACUGCGUUCCUGCUAGCCUGAAGGGCAAAUACGUCAUACGCUUCACUGUCACUUCUCCAAGAACCACGCUGGAUGACAUCGUUACAGACUGGAAGGAAAUAGUCAGGGUUACAGAUGAACUACAACAUGAACGGGAUCAACUAUAUUCUAGAGUUAAAGUGCCAUUGGGAGAAACUAGAGAAAAGAACGAGAACUUUGGAUCAAGUCUUUUGCUCUCCAACUCACCUAUGUCGCCAAAAAUUGUCAAUGGUUCAUUUGCUGCUAUUUACGAUCAAGGAGAUGUGCUUGCUGACUUUUACAGGACCAUAAAACUAAGAAAAGAUGCUCAAGAUAGUCCAGCAAUGCGCCGAAGAAUUAGAGGUAUCUUAAUGUCUGGAAAACAGUUUUCUCUCGAUUCUAGACUGGACUUGUUUCACGGAAUCGAGCCUGUUUCUGUUAUUCGAACUGGUAACGAUAAAAGUCACAAUUUGCCAGUUCUUGAAGACUCUAAUGAAAAUGAGGAUAAAAGUAGUUCCCCUUCAGAGAAUAACCAGGACUUCCAUAGUCCAAGUGAGGAUAUCUUGGAUACUCCACAGCGCCACACUCGCUCUAAGUCUAUGGACCACGAAAUUAAUUCGACUACAAUCAAAAACUGCAUCGAGGUGAAACCGAUCUGCUCCAAAUGUGGUCAUAGCGUAAACGGCCAUCAGUCUAGAAAUGAAAAUUAGAAAUUACCAUGUAUAAUUAAUAACUGUAUAACAAUUAGU